GAAUUUGGGAAUAAGUGGUUGUAAAAAAACUACUGAAAUUACUUUUCUUCGGUAAAAUGUAGGAUGUUCGAACUCGUACUUUUGUGUAUAUUUUAUACGAAAAUAUGCUGAUAGGAGCAUUUAUGAAUUUAAAAAUGUGAUUGAUAUAAUUUGCGAAUUAGAUAAUCUUCUAAAAGACGAUAAAUUUACAACAUAUAAUUAAAAGCUGGGGUUUUAUUGAAUUGAAUAUGUAUGCAUACAUAGAAGAACACCCAAGUGCAUGUGCAUUGUGCAUAUGUAGAAAUAUACAAACUAUUCUAAUAUAUACAUACGUAUGUAUAUUCUCAUAUAUGUGUUUUAUAUUAAAAAGAAAAUGUGUGAUGAGAGUGCGGCUAUUGGUGUUCCACUCUCACAAUGCCGGUGUAAAGACCACUACUGCUCUUCAUUUGUGCCUAUAUGGUUUAAGAAGAACUUAGUAAUAGAGUGUGUUUAAAUUUAGACAAGUUUAAAAUAUUAUGAAAAAAUUGAGAAAAAAUGCCAAGAUCAAGCGGAAAUCCACGCUGCAAGUGUUGCGAUGAAGUUAUGGAAGAGCUUUUGACUAUGCGUCAAUCUUUUGAGAAACUUUUCCACCGAUUAACAAAACAAAUUGUGGAUUUGAGGCGCGAGGUUACUGAAGGUUUAGGCUCUGCCUCCAGUGGCACAGCUUUGAAAAGGGAAAGCAGUUGUAGUCCGACGAUAUCCUCACCGCCGUCGAAAUUUAAGCGAUAUGAUAACAGUGAAAGCGAAACUGAGUGUAUUAAAUUGAAAACUGACAAAAAGUCCUCCAGAUCGAAAAACUUGCAAAGGAAUAAAGAUGAACUUAAGGAUCCCGUCGAGGUUAAAACUGUUAACAAAGUUAGUCGUCCUAUAUUGGACUUUUUUAAUAUACAGGCUCCAGUGAUGCCUACACAGCCAUUCAAAACAGCGCAACAAUUUGAGGAUUGGAAUGCUAUUUUCAAAGAAGAUGAAGAUCAGUGUGAUCAAUUGAGAGUUGAGCUACUCCAAGGGCAUUUUGAUGAACCAGACAAAUAUAUCAAACAUAUAUGGCGUAGUAUUUUCAAAAACGAGGCUGCUGAGUGUUACUCCUACAGGGGUAACGGUCGCUGCAAAAAACGGGCCAUUAAAAAUUAUAUAUUUACAGAUAUAUUCCGAGAAUGCUUCCUUCAGCGUUUCCAUCACAUGGACGCGGUAUUUUUCAUGGAACGUACAAUGCUCUUUUUUAACUACGUUCACAAUCAUAUGAGAAAAAAUUUACGAAAUCAGCAAAAACGGCUUGAAAUUACAAAGGCUAAUAAGCAAACCGAAGAACCAAUGGAAAACGAAACAACAAUGCCAGAAGAGCAAAGCUUCAAUGGAUAUGAAGGAACGAUGUUACAAUAGUAAAUAAGAAUCUGAAUGGCAAUUUUGAUAAGAUUAUAGUUAUGCGGGAUACAUAUAUAUAUAUAUAUAGAGCUCAGAACUUACAAAGAUAUAAAUAUAUUUUACAAUAUACAUAUAAGCAUGUAUGUGGAUAGUUUUUAUUACAUUUGGGUAUACUCUUCAAAAUUAAUAAAAGGUGAAAAAUAUAACACAA